AUGCGUUCGACUCUCUUCUCGGUCGCGGCCGCCUUGCCGCUGGCCGCUCACGCCCUCGACCCCAACAACUUUUAUGAAGGUCCUGGUGUCGUGCGAUUCCCUCUGACCGGCAACAAGGAUGCGCUCGAGAAGCACAUGCGCCGCCAGUUCGAGGCUGGCCUCGACAACCGCAAGACCGGUUUCUUCUACACCAUUGACCUUCAGAUCGGCACGCCGCCCUCGACCGUCGCCGUCAACUUUGACACGGGCUCCGCCGAGCUCUGGGUGAACCCCAACUGCGCCAAGUCCAAUGAUGAGGCGUACUGCAAGACUUUUGGUGCCUUUGGCCAGUCGUCGUCGUUUGUCAGCCUCCAGCAGAACACCACCCUCAAGUACGGCCGCGGCUUUGCCAAUAUCGAGUACGGUUACGACUACGUCACCGUCGGCACCUCCAAGAUCAACCAGCAAACUUUUGGUGUUGCGCACGACUCCGAGUUCGCCACUACUGGUAUCAUGGGCGUCGGUCCCAACCUGCGCAGCUGGGAUAGCUCAUACCCCUACGUCCUCGACAACCUGUUUAAGCAAAAGUUCAUCAACAGCCGUGCUUUCUCUCUGGAUAUCCGCCAAGUGACGAGCGCGCGUGGUGCCGCCGUGUUUGGUGGCAUCGACACCAAGAAGUUCAAGGGUCCCCUUGUCAAGAAGGACAUCAUCCCCGCCAGCUCCUCGCCCGACGGCAAGGUGCGCUACUGGGCCAACUGUGAUGGCAUCGUCAUCAACCGCGAGGACGGCACGAAGGUCACCGUCCUGUCCCAGCCCCAGGCGUUCCUGUUCGACUCGGGCUACACCAUCAGCGCGCUGCCCACCACGCUCUUCACACAGCUCCUCACGGCCUUCCCCUCGGCCGUCAAGGAGCCGACCGGCCAGUACACCGUCGACUGCGGCGUCGUCGCCCUCAAGGGCACGCUCGACUUCAAGUUUGGCAACGCCACCGUCAGCGUCCCGUACAGCGACUUUAUCUGGCAGCAGCCCGACUACAACAGCUGCGUCCUCGGCGCCAUCGAGGACAACGCCAUGCCCGUCCUGGGCGACACGUUCCUCCGCGCCGCCUAUGUCGUCUACGACUGGGACAACCGCGCUCUCCACUUUGCCGCCGCCGCCGACUGCGGUUCCAACCUGGUCGCCAUUGGCUCCGGUCCUGGUGCUGUUGGUGUCACCGAGGGUGAGUGCGACAAGCCUACGACCACCUCGUCCACCUCGAGCGUCCCUACGUCGACCACAGCCUCGACCACCAGCGUCUCUACUUCGACUACGGCCUCCACCACAACCAGUGUUCCUACUUCGACCACCGCUUCUACCACCACAUCGUCCACUUCUACCACCAGUGUCCCUACUUCGACCACGGCUUCCACAACCGCCUCGUCCACUUCUAGCACCACUGUUCCUACUUCGACCACGACUUCCACCGCUACUGACUCGACUUCGACCACCACCUCCACCUCGACCACCAGUGUUCCUACCUCGACCACGACUUCGAGCACCACCGACUCUACUUCGACUACGACCUCUGCUACCACCAGUGUCCCUACUUCGACCACGGUUUCUACCACCACCAACUCUACUUCGACUACGUCCACGUCUAGCAUUCCUACGUCGACGUCGACCUCGGUCACCAGCGUUCCUACUUCGUCGUCGACCUCUAGCGUGACUACCGGGUCGUCUACCACCAGUGCCUCUACCACGCUCACUAGCUCGACCGUUUCCUCCACUGUAUCGUCCACCUCCAGUGUUGGUUCCUCCAGUGUUGCUACCUCCAGCGCUAGUUCCUCCGUCGUUGGUUCUUCUAGUGCCGCUACCUCCAGUGUUGCUACAUCCAGUGUUGCUACCUCCAGUGUUGGUUCCUCCAGUGUCACUACCUCUAGUGUUGGUACCUCGAGUGUUGGUACCUCGAGUGUUGCUACCUCCAGCGUUGCUACCUCCAGUGUUGGCGCAUCUAGUGGUGCUCCCGUCACUACCUCGACAGGCUUCCCUACGCUCACUCUCACCAGCAGCAUUAGCCCGAUCAGCUCCGGCACCGGCGUUUCUUCCAACCGUCCUACCACCACUGGUCCGCAAUCCAACGGUUCCUUGAACGGCACGACGUACACGUCCAUUGUCAAGUCGACCCGCACGCACACCAUCACCUCGUGCGCGCCCACGGUGACCAACUGCCCCGUCGGCAAGGUUACCACCGAGGUCAUCACUUCGUACACCACCUGGUGCCCCGAGGACAACAAGACCAAGUCUGCCGGCACCAGCUCCGCCGCCAGUGGGAGCACCGUCGCCAGCACCAGCACCGCCAGCACCAGCACCGCCAGCACCAGCGCCUACACCAAGCCCCCUUGCCCCGAGGUCACCCUCACCUUUGCCAUCCCCGAGACGUACUACUGCACCAAGGGCCAGGCCGGCUGCACCGUUGGCGAGGCGAUUGUCACGUCGCACCCCGUCACCGUGGUCCCCAUCACGCCGCUGGCCACACCCACGCCUAUUCCUGGCUGCGUCGACUGCCACCCCAAGCAGCCCUCGAAGCCUGCCGAGACACCUGCUGCCGUUCCUGCUGGUGUCGUGCCCGUGGCCGUGAUCCCCCAGCCCGUCGAGACCAAGGAGCAGGUUCCGGCUCAGAGCACCCCCGCGCCCGCUCCUACCAAGUCCGUCCAGCUAUCGACAGUGGUCUCGGUCAAGCCCUCCAGCACCGGCUCUUCCGCCGCUACCAAGCCCGUCCAGCCCUCGACACUGGUCUCGGCCAAGCCCUCUGGCACCGGCUCUCCCGCUCCUAGCCAGUCUCCGAUUGCCGCUGGCGCCGCGGGUCUCUACGUCCCCGGCCUCGCUGCGCUGAUUGCCGCCCUCGUUGCUGUCAUGUAA